UGCGGCUCCAGAGCCGCAUGCGGCUCUUUAAAGCCUUUGCUGCGGCUCCGGGGCGGUGGCGAGGGGAGGAGGCGAGUGGCGGAGGCAAGGAGCGGAGGCAUAGGCGCAGACUCCAUGGGGCCUCUCGGGCGCCCCUCCAGCAUCAAUCCCCACGCCCGCGCCGCCAGCCCCCGACGGGCGCCCCCUCCCCGGCUUGCCAGCUCCGCGCGCGCUCCGCCUCGCCUGCCAGCUCGGCUCCCUCCUUCCCUCGUGCAGCUUGUUUUGAAAUUCCCCUUCCAGCUCCGCCACGGCUCGCCCGCUCCCUCCGCCCUCGCCGCCGCCUCCUCCUCCUCCUCCCCCAGUCCCCUCCCCUCGGCUGUCCCCGGCACAGGCUGCCUCACGUACGCGGCUGCAGGCAGCCCCCGGAAUGGAGUCCCCGCGCGCGGAAGGGAGUGGCGGGCGCGCAAAAGGAGAGAAAGCUGCUGGCGCGCGGAAGGGGCCGGUGGAUGGAUGGACCGGCGGGCGGCGGAGUCACCUGGCUGGAGGGAGGUGGCGCGCAGCGGAGCUUCCAGGAGCGGCGGCAAGUUACCUGCGCGUCGCCAAGGGUGCACCUGCCUGGCAGCCAGCUGGAGGCUGAGGGCCGCGCUAUCUAGACUUUUGGCUUUUGGUCUGCAGAAAAUGCACCCACACCCAACAGGGGGUGAGAAAGGCCUAAAUAGCUUUUUAU